AUGUCUAAAAAAAUCGAUCGUAGAACUGUUGUACUAGAUCAAACGACAAGAAACAAAAACAUUCAACAUCAUUUAAACGAACUUGAACGAGAUAAUUAUGCAGAAGUACCAGAACUAGAAAUAGUUAGUGGUACAAUGACGAAACCUAGGCGAACGGUUGAAGUUGAUACUAGUCAAAACAAAGGCAAGAAAAUAGAUCAAUUUCCACCAGAUAUUCCAACAUAUUUAACAGCUGCAGCAGGAAAAUCAAGAUUUCCACCAAGAAAAUUUUGUUCUGUGUGUGGAUUUUUAGCAAAUUAUAGUUGUAAAACUUGUGGAAUGAAGUAUUGCAGCGUUAAAUGUUUAGAAACCCAUGAAGAGACAAGGUAA